CAGGAUGAGAAGGCCGCUGAGGCAGCAGCGGCAAUGGAGGUAGACGAGGAAACACCAUCGAACGCGGCCGCUCAACCAAAAGCGGGCGAGGAGAAGGCCGCAGGGAAGCUUCACGUUCUGGGGAUUGGCGGCCGAAGGGCCAAGAGAGGCAGUGCGAAGGCAACCGGAACAAAGAAGACGCCGGGAGAGAUUCGUAUACAGAAGGACAUUGCGGACUUGGAUGGCGGAAGCGUAGCAGAGAUCACUUUCCCCAACCCCAACAACCUUACGUCCUUCAAGGUCAAGGUGCAGCCGGACAGCGGGUUCUGGAAGGGCGCGUCGUACCACUUUACCUUUAGUAUUCCUGCGCUGUACCCUCACGACCCACCCAAAGUGCUGUGCGAGACCAAAAUCUACCACCCCAAUAUAAACCUGCAGGGGAACGUGUGCCUCAACAUCUUGCGGGAAGACUGGAAGCCGGUGUUGGAUAUCAACGCGGUCAUCUACGGGCUCAUCUACCUGUUCUACGAGCCAAACCCCGAGGACCCCCUCAACCACGAAGCUGCAGAACUCUACCGCGACAACAUAAGCCAAUUCGAGCGAACAGUGAAGAGGACUCUCGCAGGCUGCGUCAUGCACGGGGAGACAUUCCAACGACUGAUUUGACUUGGUGACAUUCUGCUCAGUGUGUGUGUGUUUUUUUUUUUUACGCUGAGGGUUGAGCAAAGACGUUUUGGGAAGGCUUGCUGAAGACCCUCGAUCGACUGGCCCGGUCUACGAAACAGCCUUUGAUCUUGCUCGGAUGACAUCUGCGCAGUUGGAAGAGAAUGCUCGAAUGUAUUAUAUGCGGCGACGUUACGCUCUCAAGCAUUUCCUGCGUUUUCCAGACAUGCUUUGGACGCGCCGUGCACUCAACGGACGUAAGUUGUACGAAUUCGAUGAAGCCGCC